GGGAGAGGACACAUUCAACAAGCUUGCGAAUGGCGGCACCGCAGCUGAAAAACGGUAGCGCAUUGGGCACUAGCACUAGCAGCAUCAGUGUCAUGGCCUCGUUCAUGACAAUGGGGAUCCGGAGCAGCUUCCAUUCCCUUGUGGCCCUCCUCCUCACUUUCCUGGUCGUGGCCGCCGUCUACGUCACGCAGAACGGCGGCAAUCAGCUGGUGGAAGAGACGGCCACGCCGCCGAGGAGUAGUAAUCUGCUGACGUCGAGGUGCGAUUUGUUCGCCGGGAAGUGGGUUUUCGACAAUUUGUCGUACCCUUUGUACAAGGAGCAGGAGUGCAGUUUCAUGUCGGACCAGCUGGCGUGUCACAAGUUUGGAAGGAAAGAUUUGGAUUAUCAGCACUGGAGAUGGCAGCCUCACCAAUGCGACAUUCCAAGGUGAUUGGUUUUCAUGUCAUUUUGGACAUCAUUUUGAGGCUUUUUUGCUGGGUUGCUGUGUUUUUUGUGUUGUUUGUUUGUUGGUGUUGGUGCUAGAGAAGAUUCAAUGCGACGGCAUUGCUGGAGAGGCUAAGAAACAAGAGGCUUGUGUAUGUUGGGGAUUCAUUGAAUCGAGGGCAAUGGGUCUCUAUGGUUUGCCUGGUGGAUUCUGCCAUUCCUGCAGAGUUCAAGUCUCAGAAACACACAGUCAAUGGGUCGUUGAUAGUCUUCAAAGCACAUGCAUACAAUGCGACCAUAGAGUUUUAUUGGGCUCCGCUCCUGGUAGAGUCCAAUUCUGACGAUCCAAUAAGCCACAGAGUUCCGGACCGAAUCGUCCGGGUCCAAGGAAUUGAAAAGCACGCCAAGUACUGGACCGAUGCAGAUAUCCUUGUUUUCAACAGUUACCUCUGGUGGCGACGUUCCGAAAUGGGAUCAUUUACUGGUCCUGACGGUGGAAUAGUGAAAGCAGUGAAAAUGCCACGAGUAUAUGAAAUGGCUCUUCAGACUUGGGCCGACUGGCUUGAAGUUCACAUCAAUCGAACGAAAACCAAACUUUUCUUCGUCAGCAUCUCACCAACCCACCAAGAAGCACAAGAGUGGGGAGGGAGUUCAGAGGGUAACUGUUAUGGCGAAACUGACCCAAUCUUGAAAGAAGGGUAUAGAGGAAGAGCUACUUGCCCAAAAAUGAUGCGAGUAGUUGACAAUGUGCUAGAUGGAUUGAAGGCUAGAGGAAUGAAUGUUCAGAUGAUUAAUAUUACACAACUGACAGAGUAUAGAAAGGAAGGCCAUCCCUCUAUCUACAGGAAGCAGUGGGAACCAUUAACCGAUGAACAAAGAUUGAAUCCCAGCAGUUAUGCAGAUUGUAUACAUUGGUGUCUCCCUGGAGUUCCAGAUGUAUGGAACGAGCUUCUCUAUGCAUAUAUUUUGGACUUAUGAUGUAUAAAACACUAAAAUCUUGUCAUUUUACGAUAAGAAAAUCCCAUGAAUGUAAGGGUUUCUCUUAUAAUUCAACUUGUUCAGGACAUGCAAUAGAGUGAAUGACAU